CCGCCUUUCGGGCCUUAGCGGCCUCGCGCCGGAGCUGUGGGACUUGUCGCCUCUCUGUCUGCCCACCCACCAUGGGGCUGUCGGAAGCGCCGGGAGAGAGGGACACACAGGCACUGCUGCCCACGACGCAGGCAAUGGAGCUGAGGAGGCGAAAUUACCAUGUGGAGCGGCCACUGCUGAACCAAGAACAGCUGGAGGAGCUGGGGAGCCGGAGCUCAGCAGCUGGGACCCUCCAGUGGCGAACCUGGUUUCGGUGUUCCCGUGCUCGGGCCCGAGCCCUUCUGCUCCAAUACCUACCAGUUUUGGCCUGGCUACCCCAGUAUCCUGUGCGUGACUGGCUUCUGGGUGACUUGUUGUCUGGCCUGAGUGUGGCCAUUAUGCAGCUACCACAGGGCCUGGCCUAUGCCCUCCUGGCUGGAUUGCCCCCCGUGUUUGGCCUCUACAGCUCCUUCUAUCCUGUCUUUAUCUAUUUCCUGUUUGGCACUUCCCGGCACAUCUCCGUGGGCACCUUUGCUAUCAUGUCCGUGAUGGUGGGCAGUGUGACAGAAUCACUGGCUCCGGAUGAAGCCUUCCUGCAGGCUUCGAACUCCACUGUCGAUGUGGCAGCUAGAGACACUACCCGGGUGCAGCUGGCUUCCACACUCAGUGUCCUUGUUGGCCUCUUCCAGGUGGGGCUGGGCCUGGUCCAUUUUGGCUUCGUGGUCACCUACCUGUCAGAGCCUCUGGUCCGAGCCUAUACCACAGCCGCGUCUGUGCAGGUCUUCAUCUCGCAGCUCAAGUAUGUGUUUGGCCUCCAUCUGAGCAGCCGCUCUGGGCCGCUGUCCCUCAUCUAUACAGUACUGGAGGUCUGCUGGAAGCUGCCCGAGACUGUGAUCGGCACCAUGGUCACAGCAGUUGUGGCAGGGGUGGUGCUCGUGCUGGUGAAGCUGUUGAAUGACAAGCUGCGGCGACAUCUGCCCAUGCCGCUCCCUGGGGAGCUGCUUACGCUCAUCGGGGCCACAGGCAUCUCCUACGGCGUGGGACUACAGCACAGAUUUGAGGUGGAUGUCGUGGGCAGAAUCCCUGCAGGGCUGGUGCCCCCAGUGGCCCCCAGCCCCCAGCUGUUCGCAAAGCUUGUGGGAAAUGCCUUCGCCAUCGCUGUGGUUGGGUUCGCCAUUGCCAUCUCGCUGGGGAAGAUCUUCGCCCUGAGGCAUGGAUACCGGGUGGACAGCAACCAGGAGCUGGUGGCGCUCGGCCUCAGUAACCUCAUCGGGGGCAUCUUCCAGUGCUUCCCUGUGAGCUGCUCUAUGUCUCGGAGCCUGGUACAGGAGAGCACCGGGGGCAACACACAGGUGGCUGGAGCCAUCUCCUCCCUCUUCAUCCUCAUCAUCAUCGUCAAACUUGGAGAGCUCUUCCAGGACCUGCCCAAGGCAGUCCUGGCCGCCGUCAUCAUCGUGAACCUGAAGGGCAUGUUGAAGCAGUUCACCGACAUAUGCUCCCUCUGGAAGGCAAAUCGAGCAGAUCUGCUCAUCUGGCUGGUGACCUUUUUGGCCACCAUCCUACUGAACCUGGACCUUGGCCUGGCAGUUGCGGUGGUCUUCUCCCUGCUGCUGGUGGUGGUUCGCACACAGCUGCCCCGCUACUCUGUCCUGGGGCAGGUGCCAGACACGGAUAUUUACAGAGACGUGGCAGAGUACUCAGAAGCCAGGGAGGUCCCGGGUGUGAAGGUCUUCCGCUCCUCGGCCACCAUGUAUUUUGCCAACGCUGAGCUCUACAGUGACACGCUGAAGCAGAAGUGUGGUGUGGAUGUGGACCACCUCAUCACCCAGAAGAAGAAGCUGCUUAGGAAGCAGGAGCUAAAGCUGAAGCGACUGCAGAAGCAAAAUAAGCUCCCGAAACAGGCUGCCGCCUCCAAGGCCACUUCUAUUUCCAUCAAUGUCAACACCAGUGUUGCAGACAUCGAGAGCAAUGAUGUGGAGGGCUCCAAGGCCGAGCAGGUGAGCGCAGGGACGGAGCUAGAGGAUAUAGCAGCCAGGGGUCAAGAAGAUGCCAAGGCCCCAGACAUGUCCUCACUGAAGGCCCUGGGCCUGCCUCAGCCAGAUUUCCACAGCCUCAUCCUGGACCUGAGCUCUCUCUCCUUCGUGGACACUGUGUGUCUCAAGAGCCUGAAGAAUAUUUUCCGUGACUUCCGGGAGAUCGAGGUGGAGGUGUACAUGGCUGCCUGCCACUCUCCAGUGGUCACACAGCUUGAGGCCGGGCACUUCUUCGAUUCAUCUAUCACCAAGCAGCAUCUCUUUGCCUCUGUCCACGAUGCUGUCAUCUUUGCACUCCAGCACCCGAGGUCCGACCCCAUCAAUCCUGUUUUGGCUACCAAACUCUGACCAUGCUGCCACCCUGCCUGUGACUGCCCACCUCUGGAGGUUGUGACAGGGUACCUGUGAGAACCCGCUACCCCUGGGCUGCCUCCACGUCACCCAGGAGUCCCCUCCACGCACAUGCAUAUAACUCAGGGAUGGAGGUCCUGGGACUCCAAGUGCAGUGCUCCAGGCCUGGGAUGAAGCACUGGCCAAGUUGGAGGAGCAUGCAUGUUUUAGCCUCAGGAAUAAAGAUUUGUUUGCCCAA